AUGUCUGCGCCUACCAUACCCUUCAAUGCCGAUCACACGGCGCGAGUAGCGGGUCGGUCCCCUGCUGGCAGCCAGAAAACGUUCGUGAAUGAGCACGACACAAGCUCGGGAGCGAACGAGAAGCCCCCGGUCCCCAAGGCUGCUGAGGGCACUUCGCUCUACGAAGGAGAUGCAUCUGCAUCAACCACUGACGAGGACGGCAACGACACCGAACUUGAGCGCCGGCAUUCCAUUGUGCAGGAACUAGCUCGAGAAUACACCCGACAUUCGGCUGUUAACAUUGGCGACAACCACCAUGCGUUAUUCGGCAGCGACGAUCCCAACUCUCCCCUUAACCCCCAUGGCUCAUGUUUCAAUGCGCGCAAGUGGGCAAAGACGCUUGCCAACGUGACGAAUGAGCAUGGCUCCGGAUAUCGAACGGCCGGUUUUGCCUACCAGAAUCUGAACGUGUUUGGAUACGGUCAGGAGACAGAUUACCAGAAGGAUGUCGGAAAUGUUUGGCUCGAGAUUCCUGGCCUCGCACGCAAACUUACUUCGAAGACGGGCGGCCAGCGACGUAUUGAUAUCCUUCGUGACUUCAACGGCGUUGUUGAGGCUGGUGAAAUGCUUGUCGUUCUUGGCCCCCCUGGAUCUGGCUGCUCGACGUUCCUCAAGACAAUUGCUGGCGAGACCAACGGCAUCUACACCGACGAACGUGCUUACUUCAACUACCAAGGUCUCUCCGCAAAGGAACUCCACAAACACCAUGCCGGUGACGCCAUCUACACGGCUGAAGUUGAUGUUCACUUCCCUCAACUUUCAGUAGGCGACACUCUCACUUUUGCGUCACGGGCUCGCUGCCCACGGAGUCUCCCCCCCGGUAUCACAGCCGAACAGUACUGCGACCACCUUCGCGACGUUGUCAUGGCUAUGUACGGUAUCAGUCACACGGUCAACACUCAGGUUGGAAAUGAGUACAUUCGCGGAGUUUCGGGAGGAGAACGAAAGAGAGUGACCAUUGCCGAAGCUACCUUGGCCAACGCACCCUUGCAGUGCUGGGAUAACUCAACUAGAGGUCUUGAUUCCGCCAACGCCGUUGAGUUCUGUAAGACCCUUCGACUACAGUCAGAAUUGUUCGGUCAAACAUGCGCCGUCUCGAUUUACCAGGCCCCCCAGAGCGCGUAUGAUCUCUUCGACAAGGUUCUUGUCCUUUACGAGGGUCGGCAGAUCUUUUUCGGACGCACGACAGAAGCCAGACAAUACUUUAUUAACCUCGGAUUUGACUGCCCGGAUCGCCAGACAACACCUGAUUUCUUGACCUCAAUGACUGCACCUUCUGAGCGUGUGGUACGUGCCGGCUUCGAAGGCCGCGUUCCCAGAACUCCCGACGAAUUUGCUGCCUGCUGGAAUGCCAGUCAGGAGUGUGAGAAUCUCAAGGCGCAAAUCGAGCAGUACAAGAUGGACCAUCCCAUUGAUGGUGUCGACGCCGAAGCCUUUAGAAACCAAAAGCAGUCUGUUCAAGCAAAGAACCAACGUCUCAAAUCCCCCUUCAUUCUUUCGUAUGGUCAACAGGUCAGGCUUUGUCUCUGGCGUGGCUUCAAACUCCUCAAGGGCAGUCCUGGUUUAACGCUUUUCGCCUUGAUUGCCAACUCUUGCACUGCCUUGAUUAUAUCCUCUUUGUUCUACAAUCUUCCGGAAACAACCUCGUCCUUCUACAGUCGAUCAGCGGUCCUCUUCGUCGCCAUUCUCGCCAAUGCCUUUUCCAGUGCACUGGAAAUUCUCACCCAGUAUGCACAGAGACCAAUCGUUGAGAAACAUACUCGCUAUGCUUUUUACCACGCUUCUGCUGAGUCCUUCUCCUCCGUUCUCGUCGACAUGCCAUACAAGAUAUUGAACACCAUUUGUUACGACCUGAUCGUCUACUUUAUGACCAACUUGAACCGGCAGCCUGGAAAUUUCUUCUUUUUCUUGCUGACAACCUUCCUCAUGGUGCUUUCCAUGUCGGGCUUGUUCAGAUCAAUUGCCUCUUUGUCUCGCACAAUGUCACAGGCCAUGGUUCCUGCAUCGAUUUUGAUUCUGGCUUUGGUCAUUUUCACUGGAUUCGUCAUUCCAGUAGACUACAUGCUUGGUUGGUGCAGAUGGAUCAACUACUUGGACCCUGUAGCAUAUGGAUUCGAAUCUCUUAUGUUGAACGAGUUUCACAACCGCGAGUUCGAAUGCGGUGCCUUUGUUCCGGAUCCUGCCGUUCCAGGCUAUGGAAAUGUCACCCUGGCUAAUAGAGCUUGCUCUACAGUCGGUGCUGUUCCUGGCCAGUCUUUGGUCAGUGGAGACGCCUAUGUUAAUUCCCAGUACAAGUACUUCAACUCCCACAAAUGGCGCAAUAUCGGCAUCCUCAUCGCCUUCACCAUCGGUCUCCACAUGGUCUACUUCAUCGCCACGGAAUAUGUGUCCGCUAAAAAGUCCAAGGGUGAGGUUCUGGUCUUCCGUCGCGGCGUCACUGCGCCCCCCAAGAGCAAGGACGAUGUUGAGGCAUCUAUGUCUGGACCUUCUGCCAUUGUCGAGAAGGGUGGCAAAGCAGCAUCUGGUAACGAAGGCGUGAUCCAGGCCUCCACAAGCGUUUUCCACUGGGGCGACGUCUGCUAUGACAUCAAAAUCAAGGGUGAGCCCCGGAGGAUCCUCGACCAUGUUGAUGGGUGGGUGAAGCCAGGUACUCUUACGGCAUUGAUGGGUGUAUCUGGUGCAGGAAAAACCACUCUGCUCGACUGUCUCGCGGACCGUGUCUCUAUGGGCGUGAUUACAGGAGAAAUGCUCGUCGAUGGCAAGAUUCGAGACCAGUCUUUCCAGCGGAAAACCGGCUACGUUCAACAACAAGAUCUUCAUCUCGAGACAAGCACCGUUCGUGAAGCCUUGGAGUUUAGCGCCCUGCUACGCCAGCCAGCCAGCACGCCCAAGGCUGAAAAGCUUGCAUACGUGGAUGAGGUUAUCAAGCUCUUGGAUAUGCAAGAGUACGCUGAUGCGGUUGUUGGUGUCCUUGGCGAGGGCUUGAAUGUUGAACAGCGAAAACGACUCACUAUUGGCGUCGAACUUGCCGCAAAGCCUCCUUUGCUACUUUUCGUCGAUGAACCUACUUCUGGCUUGGAUUCCCAAACAUCAUGGGCCAUCUUGGAUCUUCUCGAAAAGCUUUCGAAGGCUGGCCAAUCCAUUCUAUGCACAAUUCACCAACCGUCUGCUAUGCUAUUUCAACGUUUUGACCGCCUGUUGUUCCUGGCAAAGGGUGGUAGAACCGUUUACUUUGGCGAUAUUGGAGAAAACUCACACACCCUUACGUCCUACUUUGAGAGAAAUGGAGCUCCCAAGUGCCCUAAGGGCGCCAACCCUGCUGAAUGGAUGCUUACUGCCAUUGGCGCAGCCCCCGGUUCGACUACGGAGACGGACUGGCAUCAGGCCUGGCGAUCUAGCCCUGAAUAUCAAGCUGUUCAGGACGAGCUCCAACGCUUAAAGUCUCACGGUGCCAACCAUGAGGUAUCCACCGAGGAGGACAAGGCCGCGGCGUACCGCGAGUUCGCUACCCCCCUGUGGGAUCAGCUCUUGAUCGUCACCCGCCGUGUGUUACAGCAGUACUGGCGUACCCCAUCCUACAUCUACGCCAAGUUCAUUCUUUGCUGCUCCGUCGCCCUCUUCAUUGGUCUCGUGUUUCUUAACGCCCCUCUUAGUAUUCAGGGACUACAGAAUCAAAUGUUCGCCAUCUUCAACAUCCUAUCCAUUUUCGGUCAACUCGUGCAACAACAGAUGCCUCACUUUGUGACGCAGCGUUCAUUGUACGAAGUUCGCGAGCGGCCCUCCAAGACUUACAGCUGGAAGGUCUUCAUGCUAUCUCAAAUCAUCACCGAGAUCCCCUGGAACUCUCUUAUGUCUGUUUUCAUGUUCAUCUGCGUUUACUAUCCGGUUGGCCUGAACGGAAACGGUGACCCAGGCCAGAGCAGCGAGAGAGCCGGUCUCAUGUGGCUUCUCUUUUGGCAAUUCCUGAUUUUCACCUGCACAUUCGCGCACGCCUGCAUCGCCAUCACAGAGACUGCCGAGAUGGGCGGAAACCUCGCUAACGUCCUGUUCAUGAUGUGUUUGCUAUUCUGCGGUGUUCUGGCUAGCCCUGAGGCCAUGCCCGGCUUCUGGAUUUUUAUGUACAGGUUGUCGCCGUUUACAUACCUGUUGUCGUCUAUCCUCUCGACUGGUUUGGCGAAUUCAAAAGUAACGUGCGCAGUUAAUGAGUACAUUCACUUCAACCCUCCAGCCAACCAGACUUGCGGGGACUUCAUGGAGGACUACAAGAACGCUGUGGGAGGCUAUCUCGAGAAUCCUUUGGCCACGACCGAUUGUAGUUACUGCAGGCUUUCCGAUACCAAUGUCUUCUUGAAGUCCAUCAGCUCCAACUUUGACAACAGGUGGCGCGACUUCGGUAUCGGCAUGGUUUACAUUGUCUUCAACAUUGUUGCUUCCUUGGGACUUUACUGGCUCGUUCGUAUGCCCAAAGGCAAGAAGAAGGCUUAG